AUGGCGACCACCGAUCCGGAGAACACAGCACCCUCCUCGCGCCUCACGCUGGCAGCCCUGCCGCCCUUCAAGCCCGACCUGUACGAGCGCGCAUGGACCUCGAUACCGCACCCGACCCUCCCGCUGAUCGCGACGGCGCACGAAAAAGCCGUCACCGUCUUCUCCCUCUCGACCCUCACCUCGCACAGCACCCUCACCGGCGGCCACACCCGCUCCGUGCGGUCUGUCGCGUGGAAACCGAACCUGGGCCCGCAGAAGCUGUGUCUCGUGACCGGCAGCUUCGACUCCACAGCCGGCCUGUGGCGGUGGGAGGGACCCUCGGACUCGGGCCCAGCUCUCGAGACCGAGGUCACGGCCUCGCGCCCCGCGGGCUCGGAUGACGGCGACGAGGGGGACAAGGACUGGGAGUUCACGCUGGUGCUCGAGGGCCACGACUCGGAGGUCAAGUCGGUCGUCUUCUCCCCCACGGGGCAGUACCUGGCCACCUGCAGCCGGGACAAGAGCGUCUGGAUCUGGGAGGACGUGGGCGCCACCGAGGCCGACGACGAGUGGGAGACGGUGGCCGUGCUCAACGAGCACGAGGGCGACGUCAAGGCCGUCGCCUGGUGCCCCGAGACGAACCGCGGCGGCCGCGGCAGGUACAGCUCCGACGUGCUGGCCAGCGCGAGCUACGACGACACGGUGCGAAUAUGGCGCGAGGACGGCGACGGCGAGUGGGUGUGCGUCGCGGUGCUGGAGGGCCACGAGGGCACCGUCUGGGGCGUGCAGUGGGAGCAGAAGCCCAGGGACGGACGGUUCCCACGCCUCAUGACCUGGAGUGCCGAUCGCAGCAUCCGGGUGUGGACCUUGAACGAGGAGAGCGACGAGCAUGACGAGCAGGACAGGCCGCAGCAUGCAUGGGGCGGGCUCGGAGGUAUACCAAAUACCAUGAGGAGGUCGCUCAAGGAGGAUUGGUCUUGCACUGCCGUCUUACCCAAGGCGCACACGAGGGACAUUUAUUCCGUGUCCUGGAGCGCCGACUCAGGUCUGGUGGCCAGCACGGGCAGCGAUGGCAUUCUGGCCGUGUACCGCGAAGACCGCAAUGUGCCCGGUGGCGAAGCUCAUGCUACGACUGCAGAGGCUGCCGCUGAGCUCGACGGUGAUGUUCACAUGACAAACGGCAACACUCUCGGCGGAGGGUCGGGGGGCGCCGAGGGGUCAAAGGCAUGGCGCAUCGUGGCCACAACAUCAAACGCUCAUGGGCCCUACGAGAUCAACCACGUCGCAUGGUGCAAACGUUACGACGCAGCGUGUCCGCCACAUAGGAAAGGCAUAGAGGAGAUGUUGGUCACUACCGGAGAUGAUGGCAUUGUGCGGCCGUGGCAGAUAUCGUCAUAG